AUGGUUGGGCCUGGUGUGGGAAUGAAUCAAGUGAGGAGAAAAGGUGUUUAUUCCACAAAGAAGGGAAAUGGUGACAACUUACUGUUGAUGAAAAGACAGGGAAAACAUGGCAUACAUGAUACUGAGAGUGACGAAUUAUCGAGUCGCGAGACCUCUCCCCCCCUGAAAAAGCGUGGUAAAGUAGACGAUAUCAUUAAAGAUGGCACAGACGUCAGAAAGUUUUCAUCUGUGACCACAUUUGACAAAGCUUUGAAGCCAUCUUCAAAUUCCGAAACCGAAGCUGCAAAGAAUGCAGGAAUUGAAGGAGAAGAAAAAAAAGAAGAGGACGCUUCUAUUCCACUAAUACAGAAUCUGAAGAAUGAAGACAUUGAGUCCGUCAAAUGCAGAAACUACAAUUUUCUAGAUGGUAAGAAAUUACUCUUGGAGGCAGAACUAUCAGCAGUCGAAGAUAAUCAAGUCUUCUCCUCUUCAUUUCCUGAGGAGAAAAAGCUAUCGUUACAAAGCUCUCUGAGUUCCAAAGAGCAGAUAAUCAAGAAACUUCAAAUAAGGGAAGAAUACGCGGGCAAGUUCAAUCUGCCACCCAUGUUGUUUUCGGAUGAGCUACUCGCUGAAGUUGAGCCCUUCAUGCCCAUUGUAGUGGACAUACUGAAGGGUAGGAUCUCGUCUGCCUACUAUUUCGAGGCAAAAAAUGCGUACAAAAACUCACAGAAGGCCUACUUGUCUGUGGAUGAGUUUAGAAAGUUGAAUUUAAACAAAUUUACUGCUGGUUUUUAUGGCUUAAAAAGGCAAUUGAAGGUUGGCGAAGAAAUUGCUAAGAGGUACAAAAGGGAACUCACACACAACCAGCCCGCAACCUUAAAAUGGUGGGGGGUAACAGAUUUCUGUAACUACGUUUUGGCUCCAGAAACCCUUACGUCUUUUUGUAUUCAUCAAUUAAACCUCUCCAACAAAUCUCGCUGGCCGAAGACACAGAAUAAACAUUCAAGACAGCAAUCCAACGAGAAGGAAUAUUACUACGAUCACGAAUUGAGGAUGCAAGCGUACGACUUAUUUGAGGAUACGGUUGACUACGGUAUCAUAGUAGCCGAUACCGAUCCAAUAGAGCAAUGGGAAGCUGCCAUAGAGGAAGAUCGCCUACGAGAAUUGGACCUCAACGUCCAUAACUAUUCCAGCAAGAGAUGGCGAUUGAACACGCACGAUUAA